CCGACCACCAGGGGGCUCUGAAGAGGCCUGGCGUCCCCACUCGCGGGAGGGCGCCUGCUCUUGCUCUUGCGCCUUCGGAGCACGUGUACGCGCGGGGGGCGUGGCCCGCGUGGCCGCCUGAGGGGCCGGACGUCGCCCACUCGCUUGUGUCCCGGUUACCUCUUCCCUGACUGAGUGACUUCAUGUCUGACAGACUUUGUGUCUGACUGAACUGCCGUCCCGAGUCCUCGCGAGCCCCCAUCUCCUCGCCCCCCGACCCCAGCCUUCUUCUGUCCGGGCGGGUCCCCGGCUUCCAUCUCGCACCCCGAGCGGGUUCCCGGUCCCGCCUGCUGUCCUCCGGGGGGCCCUUGGUGACCCCGGCCCCAUGGCGCUGCAGGGGCUGCAGAGCUCGGGGGUGGCCUUCCGCAAGAUCCUGUCUCACUUCCCCGAGUUGCUGAGCCUGGCUUUCGCCUACGGCUCCGGGGUGUACCGCCAGGCGGGGCCCAGCUCAGACCAGAAGCUUAUCAAAUAUGGAGUUAUUAGCACCAGUGUUUUGAUCGAAGAUCUCCUCAACUGGAAUAACUUAGACAUUGCUGGUUGACUCUAAAAACCAGUGAAGAUCGUGGCGAUGAAUGAGGAUGUGGCCCUCCGCUCGGCCCUGGAUCAAAACCUGAAGAGCACUGUGACCGCGGCUUUCCUCAUGCUCCCUGAAAGCUUUUCUGAAGAAGACCUGUUUACAGAGAUCGCCGGGCUCUCCUACUCAGGUGACUUUCGGAUGGUGGUUGGAGAGGAUAAGGCAAAAGUGUUGAAUAUCGUGAAGCCCAACAUGGCCCACUUCCGGAAGGUGUACGGCAGCAUUCUGCAGGAGAGCCCCCAGGUGGUGUAUAAGGCCCAGCAGGGCAGCCUGGAGGACUUCUGCUCCAGAGAGGACACCUCAUCCGGGACCAUGAUGCCACUUCCCCAUCGUCUGGGUGCUGCUUGAUCCCUUGUCUAAGCUAAUGCUGUGGGAUCCCUUGUCUCUUGUGGAGAAAUCCAGCUGACUCUUGGC